AUGGCCUUCGGCCUGCCACAUUUCCCAUACCCCCCCGCGCGCCCCAACGAGGGAUAUUGGGCGCCGGUUACUUCCACGAUAAACUGGUGCGAGGAGGAUUACUAUGCCACGUUAUACUCCGCCGAGAUUGUCAAUACCCUCACGAACCUACUAUUUAUAGCUUUGGGAAUCAAGGGAAUUCGGAACUGUCUGAAAUACGAUCAUGACAGCGUUUUCUUCGUGGCAUUCAUUGGAUAUCUGCUCGUCGGAAGUGGCAGCUUUGCAUUCCACAGCACCCUGACGUACCCAAUGCAGCUCGUAGAUGAGCUAUCCAUGAUAUAUACAGCGUGCCUUAUGUGCUAUGCGACAUUCUCAUUCUCGCAAUCGCGUCUGAGGCGCCAGUUGUUGGCAACAGGUUUGGUGUCAUUGGCUGUCUUCAUUACUCUCUAUUACCAUUAUCUCCAAGACCCGGUCUUCCACCAAAAUGCCUUCGCGCUCAUCACGGCGAUUAUCCUUUUCCGAAGUAUGUACGUUAUGGAGUUUACCAUUCGUCCAUCCCUCAAAUCGAAAUAUGGCACAACAUCACAGAAGGCUAUCGAUUUUGGCUUGUCAAAAUCAGAGCGGUUCGGGAAUACACGCGCAGACACAAGGAUACUCAGGGAAAUGUGGAUAAUGGUGGCUUUCGGUUUAACAAUAUUCUUGGGCGGCUUCGGCAUCUGGGCCCUGGAUAUCAAGUAUUGUUCAACUAUCAAACGUUGGAGGCACAAUGUUGGUUUACCCUGGGGAAUCUUGCUUGAAGGACAUGGGUGGUGGCAUUUAAUGACUGGCGUGGGAUCCUAUUUUUACAUUGUCUGGGCUAUAUGGCUACGGCACUGCCUUAACGGGAGACAGGAUGAGUUUAUACUUAACUGGCCGAGUAUAUUCUUCUCGCUCCCUGAGGUUGUUCUACUUCCGGGGGCACAAAGCCGUCCCAAUGGGGCAAAGCAUACUAAUGGCAUUACCAAUGGACAUGCCUUCCCAACCGAGCGAAAAUCGGUAUAG